AAACAAGGAAGUGGGGUGACUGACACAUGUUUCCAAUCAUUGGAAGCACACUGUCCUUCAUUGCUUUACUCACUCUGUCUUCUCGCACAACAGAGGCAACAUGAGGCUGUGGGUCGUCCUGCUGCUCGCUCUGCUCGCUCACGCUUUCGCUGCUGACGAGUCUUGUAUGGGUCGCUGUGAGAAUGGCUUCGACUCUCAGAGGAGGUGCCAGUGUGACUCCAUGUGCAAGUACUACAGGAGCUGCUGCUCUGAUUUUGAGACCACCUGUGGUAUGCUGACUCGCGGAGACACGUUUGUGUUUGCAGACGACGAUGACGACGAGCUGUUUGAAGACAACACUCCGCCCCCCAUUGCCACCGCCAGCCAUCAGCUGAAGCCCACACAGCAGACCAUCUCAGACUUCGGCCACAGACGACAGCAACAUCCAGAAACCACACUGGAAAUGAGCAAGAACCCACAGCUGAUGGAUAGCCUAUUUCUGAAUGUGCCUGUUAAACAGAAAGUCCCACCCACAGAGGACGCCCCCAGUGUGACUAAACUCCCUGAGACUGAUGCCACAGCAGAGACCACCACUGUGACUGUCACAAACGCCACCACUGAAGCCCCUGACCCAGAUGCCAUGGUCUGCAGUGGGAGGCCUUUUGACUCCUUCAUGCAACUGAAAAAUGGCUCUAUAUAUGCCUUCAGAGGGGACUAUUUUUUUGAAUUGGACCAGAAGUCAGUUCUUCCUGGUUACCCAAAGCUCAUAAAAGACGUGUGGGGCAUCAGCGGACCUAUUGAUGCUGCCUUCACACGUGUCAACUGUCAAGGGAAGACUUAUUUGUUCAAGGGAAACAAGUACUGGAGGUUUGAUAACGGAGUGCUGGAUGAAGACUACCCUCGAGAUAUCAGUGUGGGCUUUGACAAAAUUCCUGAUCAUUUGGAUGCUGCGUUCGCUCUGCCUGCUCCUGGUCACAAUGGAAAAGAAAAGGUCUAUUUUUUCAAAGGCGAACAGUAUUACACGUAUGAGUUUUUGCACCAGCCGUCCCACGAGGAGUGCAUCUCCAUGUCUGAGAGUUCCCCAUACACGCUGUUCAGGCGCUACACUGAUGUAUACUUCAACAACUACGAACACUUUCUCAGCCAGCUCUUCUCCGAUUUGCCUCAGCAUCAUGACAAACACCACUUCAUUGAAAAAGACUGGAAGGGCCUGAAGGCUCCGGUGGAUGCUGUCAUGACAGGCAGGAUGUAUGUCCCUCCCUCGAGGUCCACACGACGCCGCAACGACCAGCAAUGGGGUCAUCAGCAAGGCCAGCAGGGGAACCAGCAGUAUGGACAGCAGUGGGGUCGCAGGAGGCAAAGCCGCUCGCCCUUCUGGGGGUCCAUGGCUGAGCAGGGUAUGAACAUGGGCCAGGGCUUUGCGGAAAGGGGGAUGGAAAUGGGUCUGAGGUUGGCAGAGAGGAGAAUGGAAAUGGAGGAAAGGCUUGGACGAGACUGGGACAGAAGGUGGGAUCAAGACUGGGACCAGGACAGACGACGAGAUGGUUACCGCCAGAACAACAGAGGCAACUAUGACUCCAGAGGUGACAGGUCGUACUGGGAGUCCAGCCGCAGGGAUCUGCCCAUACAGACCGUCUACUUCUUCAAAGGAGAUAAAUACUACAGAGUGGACCUCAGGACCAAGAGAGUUGACCCUGCCGUGCCUCCAUAUCCCAGAUCCAUCGCCAAGUACUGGCUGGGCUGUUCAGACACCACCGGGGCGGAGAAGUAGUGUCAAACGUUUUUAGGUAUUUCAAUGUGGUUUUAACAGAUUGGUCAUUUUAACUGAAACUUAGUAUUCACUUUAUUAACUGGCUGUAAAAAAAAAAAGUCAUACAUGUUCAGUCUAACACACACGAAGCUGCUCAUCAACUUCAGCAAAUAAUUGGAGACCAGUCAAAGUCCACAUACUGCUGGUCAUGGCCAAAGUCCGACUGGUUGAGUUUCAGAAUUUUUCUUGUUUAUCUUUUGUCAACAUCAGCUGACCUGCUUUAUUAAACCCAGCUGAAAUACUUUCAG